GUGAAGCGCCAGGCUGCAGACAGACAGCGCCUCCUGGAGGACGCCCGCCAGCUGCAGAGCUUUCAGCACCGGGCCAAGGAGCUGCAGCACUGGACCGGCUCCGUGCAGGAGCGCCUCCUGCAGGAGGAGACGGCCGCAGACGUGGCUGCCGCCGUGGCGUUGCUGGGGCAACACCAGGAGCUCCGCCUGGAGAUGGAGGAGCACGGGAGCAGAUGGAAAGACUUGGAGAAAUCGGGGAAGUCUCUUCUGCAGGGCUCGUCCAAUGGGAAGACAGGAGGCGUCGACAUCCAACAAGCGCUCGACAACCUGAAGGCUGAUUGGUCCGAGCUUGAUCGGCUGUGGACCAGCAGGAAGGGGUGUUUGGAGCAGGGGGUGGAGCUCCAGAGGCUGAACCAGGAGGGAGACCGGAUCGAGACGGCGCUGUCUGGACACGAAGCCCGACUGAGGGUCAAAGACGUCGGGGUGAGGACGCCGGGGGG